GCCGAAGUCGCCACGGAGAAGAAGCGGAAGAUUGUAAAGACUGAACACAUCCGAAUCUCCGUCAAGAGGCACCGACCGACCAACGAUUUCCUCUUAGACUCGCUUCCCGCGCCGCCAGCUCCUCAGUUGCAGAAAGAGGAUUCUGUAGGUCGUAAGCGCGAAGUUGCUAACAAGCAGCUACCGACUGGAACUCGCCGGACCGACGGUUUCUUUGCCAAAUCAGCGAGCGAUGCUUCCGCUUGA